AUGCCGCAAAGGGCCGUCAACAUGAACGCCGUCAGCUACAAUUCGGCCUUGAGACAAGGGCGGGCAGUGGCAGCUUGUCCUUGCCAUGUUCCGAGCCAUGCCAAGGUCAAAGAUCCGCCCCGACGUGGUCGCGCAAUUUGGCUUCUGUCCGGUAUACUGGAGCGAUCCGUUCCUGUGACCAAAGUGGGCAAUGGCAGCAAGCACUGUGCCCUGAUCAGCUGCUGCAAGGGCGGGCAGUGGCAGCUAGCCCUUUCAGUGCUGGACCGAAUGCCAAAGGCGAAGAUCGCUCCGAAUGCCAUCAGCUACACUUCGGCCAUGGGUGCCUGCGAGAAGGGCGGGCAGUGGCUCUGGGCUCUGGAACUCUUCAGCCAGCUUUGCAGCUCCAAAUUCUCUCCCAACGCCAUCAGUCACAGCUGCGCCUUGAGUGCUUGCCAAUCGGGGGCACAGUGGCAACGUGCUCUCGUGCUUUUCAGCGAAAUGUUCCUGACGCAGCUAUCACCAGAUGUUGUGAGCUACAGUGCCGCGCUCGCCGCGUGUGCUCGGGGUGGUCGCUGGCGGCUGGCUAUUCAUCUCUUCGAAGGAAUGAAGGAAUACCGGAUCCGGCCAAACGUCGUCGCCUACAAUGCUGCCUUGGAUUGCCUGCAGCAGCGGGAGGCAGGCGACUCCCUUCUGCGAGAGGCCAUACGGGAUGGCAUUUUCGAUCCACUGCGACGGGAGACUCCGUGUGACAUGCUGGACCUCCACGAGAUGUCCUCCGGGGCAGCAAAGGCGGCCCUACUCUGGUGGCUCCGGGACGUCCUUCCGCCGCAGCUGGGGGAUGCCGACAGCCUUGCUUGUACCAUCAUCACGGGUUGGGGCCGAUCCCGACGGCCCUGGCAGCAAGCCAACAUCCAAGCCGAUGUGCUAGUGCUGUUGCGGAGGUUCGGGCUGCCAGCGAAGGUGAUCCAGAGCAACCACGGCCGAGUGGAGCUGCAGUUGACCAGGAAGGAUCUCAAAAGCUUUGAAAAGAAGCGCGCGCAGCACCGGCAUCAGUGGGCCUUUGAGCUUGAAAUCAACCCUGGGAAAACUAACGACCUGACGCCACUCCUGAAGGAGUACGAUGGUCCCCUAGCGCAGCCCAUCAUUGCUGCAGCAGGGAGCGAUAUCUCCUUCUGGUUCGACGAGGAGUCCUUCCGGCUCCCCGGGCUUGUGCCGUUUUGGAAAGCAUGUGGGGAGCAAGUGAACAAUCAGAAGGAAUCGUCAUUGAGAAGCCUUCAAACGAACAUCAAGAAGGAAUUUCAUUGA